UUGAAAGUGUUCUGUGAUUGGUCUAAGCGUUAAUACAGUGUUAAUUUGUACUUCGGUAGAAUUUUUAUUUAUCUCGAACCUCAGCGCGUAACAAAACAUUCGUGAGACAGCUAAAUUGGACUGAAAACAGGAACGAUAAUGACCAGAUUAGAUCUGAUAAUAUUCGGCGCGACCGGUUUCACCGGCAGCCGAGCGGUGCUGGAGAUGAUCAGGCUGUCCAAGAAGUAUCCCGCUUUAACUUGGGGCAUCGCUGGACGCUCCGAGAAGAAACUCGAAGAACUUAAACAAGAGGCUACUCAGAAAAGUGGCGAAGACCAGACCAAUCUCAAAACGUUUAUAGCUGAUGUAUCGGAUGAGAAGUCGCUGAGGAGCAUGUGCGAACAAGCCAGAGUAGUGGUGAAUUGUUGCGGGCCGUACCGACUAUACGGAGAACCGGUCGUGAAGGCAGCCAUUGAAUCAAAGACUCACUAUGUUGACGUGAGCGGCGAGCCUGAGUUUAUGGAGUUAAUGCAGCUAAAUUACAACGAACAAGCCGAAGACGCCGGCGUGUACGUCAUCAGCGCCUGCGGAUUUGACAGCAUCCCUUGUGACUUGGGCGUUAUUCAUUUAAUGAAAAACUUUGAGGGCGUGCUGAAUUCUGUAGAGUCGUACAUCACGAUGAGGGUAGCGCCGGAGCACGCGGCGGAGGCGGCCCGCGGCGGCGUGCUGCACUACGGCACCUGGGAGUCCCUGGUGCACAGUCUGGCGAACAGUCACAAAUUGAAGCCGCUGAGAAAACAGCUGUAUCCCUCGCAGCUGCCCUCCUACAAGCCCAAACUCUGCCGACGAUGGUACCACAGGAGGGAUGGCGCGUGGUGCCUGCCGUUCCUGGGCGCGGACGAGUCGGUGGUGCACCGCACGCAGCGCCACCUGCACGCCGCCGGCGCCCGCCCCGCGCAGCUCCGCGCCUACCUCGCGCUGCCCUCCGCACUGCAAGCCGCGCUCCUCGCGCUGGGCGCCCUCCUGCUGUACGUGCUGGCCCAGUGGAGCGUCACCAGGCGGCUGCUGCUCGACCACCCGCGACUGUUCUCCGGAGGCAUGGCGACCCGACGCGGGCCCGCAGAGGACGUGAUGCUCAACACCAAGUUCGAGGUGGAGCUGGUGGGGUCGGGCUGGGCCGCCGCGGCCGACGCCGAUGUCACCGAGCCGGACAAGAAGCUGGUUGUGAAGGUGUCGGGCUCCAACCCCGGGUACGGCGCCACGGUGACGGCGCUGCUGAUCUCCGCCCUCACUAUAUUGAAUGAACAACACAAAAUGCCUAAAAGCGGCGGGGUCCUGACAACCGGCGCCGCGUUCAAAGACACGAGCAUCAUAGAUGUCCUCCACGAAAACGGCCUCAAGUUUGAUAUCGUUAGUGAUAAGAAAGAUUAAAUAUUUUUGCAUUCAUUUACAAAAUGUUUAAAGGAUUUUUAGAAUUUUUAAUAAUUAAAAAUAAAUGCGUUUAAUAUUUUUUACGUAAAAAUGGCAUUAAGUAUCGUUAUAUGUAUAUAACACACGAAGAAGAUUCUAAACGAACUACAAAUUAGUUUAAUAGUUUGCAAAAUAGACAGUCUAAAUGAAUCUACUACUAAUUUACUAUUAUUAUAAGUAUCUAUCAUUCGCCUUGAAGUGGUCAGUUAGGACACGAUUUAAAUAAAUUUUACACUUCAAUUUUUACUUUAAAGUUUACUUGGUCACGGAUGACCGUGACUUUAACAGAAUUUUAUUUUAAUUGUGCGUUCAAAGAACAAAGUGGCAGAUCUGUUAUAUUUUUGUAUAGUAGUUUUCGUUAUUGUUGAAUAUCUAUGAAGGAGCCACAACUAUUGCGGCUGAGCGUCAUUGGCCGCAUUUACCAUCGUACCGCCCGCCACCGGAGUCGAGUUCAUCCAUACUACCUGGAGCCACUGCGGCCAUCCACAGUGCGUUCCCAGAAAUCUUUUUUGCCACGUACCAUCUAG